AUGGCCUCUCUGGACCUACCGUACCGCUGUCCUCGUUGCGGGGAGCACAAACGUUUCCGGAGCCUGUCUUCGCUACGCGCUCACCUGGAGUACAACCACACCUACGAGACCCUCUACGUGCUGUCCAAGUCCAACAGCGUGUGCGACGCAGCCGCCUUGCUCCCCCUAGUGGCCGACGGCGCGCUUCUGGCCCCCGGCGCCGUCUCCAGUGGCAACGGCGACUCUCGUUUCCAAUACCGCGAGCUGACCGCCUGCGCCGCAGACGACCUCGGGCUGGCACCCUCUGCGACCCGCUACCUGCCCAAUGUGGAGUUUCCCUUGGGCGAAAUCCUCGUGAAGAAAGCCAUGAGCUCCAACGAAGCGAAUUCGUCCACUAACAGCGCCGCCGUGGCGGUGGCAGCUAACGUCGCAGCUAGCGCGGUGGAGGCAGCUUACGAAGAGGGGCUGGCGAGGCUCAAAGCUCGGGCGUUUGAGCGGCUGGAGCUAGACGAGCGGUUGGAGAAGCUGUCGGAGGAGGUGGAGCAGAAGAUAGCGGCUCGCGUGGGCCGCCUGCAGGCCGAGUUGGAGAGCAAGAGUUCGGAGCUGGAGAAGGCCAAACAGGAGAGCGAACGGCUGAGUAAGGAGAAACAGGAGCUGGAGGACAAGGCCACAGAGCUCUCGCGACAGGUUGACGUCUCCGUGGAGAUGUUAGCCAGCCUCAAACAAGACCUAGUCAACAAGGAACAAGAGCUCACCCAUAAGCAGCAGGAAGUGGCCCAGAUCGACCAGUUUCUGCAGGAGACGGCGGCGAGAGAGGCCAACGCCAAAGUGCGUCUGCAGCAGUUCAUCGAGGAGCUCCUGGAGCGGGCUGACCGCGCCGAGAAACAGCUCCAGAUCAUCAGCAGCUGUGGAACCACACCCAACGGCAGCCUGGGACACUGCAGCGUCCAGGGCUCCAAAGGCAACGGACGCCAGAGGAACUCCAGUAUCUCUGGCACAUCUCGGGGCGUGUACCAUGUCUCGGAUCGGCGUUCAUCUCCGAGCACUGGGGCGUCGGGUCACGUGAAGUCGGUCUCUCAAGGCUCGGGCGGGUACGACAGCGACGGCGUGGAGCUCCACGCAAUGGAGGAGUGCCCGGAGGCCCAGUACUACCACGUCCAGUGCAGACUGGGAGAAGGUGGCUACGACCGGGCCCCCGGCGCCUCCUCUCGAAACUGGGGCCUCCGGAAACAAGCCAUCCAGAACUGGCAGCGCAGGCCCUACCGAAACAGCACGGAGGGAGAGGAGGGAGACGUGUCCGAUGUGGGCUCCCGCACCACCGAGUCCGAGGCGGAGCUCUGGGAACAGGAACGCCGCGCCUCCAACGACUGUCUGCAGAUUCCCGCCAACCGCAGCGGGUACCGACUGGGCACAGGUCGUUCGGAGGGUGGGUACAAACAGUGCCGGCACGAGAAAAGCCCGUCCAAAUCAAACGAGGUUAUCAGCCCCGAGGUGCUCAAGAUGCGUGCCGCCCUGUUUUGCAUCUUCACUUACCUGGACACCAAGACGCUCCUGCGGGCCGCCGAGGUGUGCCGCGACUGGAAAUUCGUGGCCCGCCACCCGGCCGUCUGGACCCGGGUCCUGCUGGAGAACGCUCGCAUCUCCUCCAAGUUUUUGUGCACGUUGUCUCAGUGGUGUACACAGACCCACUCUCUCAUCCUCCAGAACCUGAAACCCAGACAGAGAGGAAAGAAAGAAACCAAGGAGGAGUAUCUGAAGAGUACACGAGGAUGUCUGGAGGAAGGAUUGGAGGCUUUGCUGAAGGCCACAGGAGGGAACCUGCUCAUUCUAAAAAUCUCUCACUGCCCUAACCUGCUAACGGAUCGCUCGCUCUGGUUAGCCAGCUGUUACUGCCGCGCCUUGCAGGCUGUCACUUACAGGAGUGCCACAGACCCUGUAGGACAGGAAGUCAUCUGGGCUUUAGGAGCAGGCUGCAGAGACAUUAUCUCCCUACAGGUGGCGCCACUCCAUCCAUGUCAACAGCCAGCGAGAUUCAGUAACCGGUGCCUGCAGACGAUUGGCCGGUGCUGGCCCCACCUCCGAGCCUUAGGAGUGGGCGGGGCUGGGUGUGGCAUACAAGGCCUCGCCUCAUUGGCGAGGAACUGCAUGAGGCUACAGGUGCUGGAGCUGGACCAUGUGAGUGAGAUAAAUCAGGAGGUGGCGGCUGAGGUGUGUAGAGAGGGACUCAAAGGUCUGGAAAUGCUGGUACUCACCUCCACCCCGGUCACCCCCAAAGCCCUGCUCCACUUUAACAGUGUGUGUCGCAAUCUGAAGUCGAUCGUGGUGCAGAUUGGCAUCGAGGAUUAUUUUGAAGACCCUAACAGCCCAGAAGCUCGAAAGCUUUUCGACGAGAUGGUGAACAAAUUGCAGGCUCUGAAGAAAAGACCGGGCUUCUCAAAAAUCCUUCACGUGAAAGCUGAUGGCCUGUGUUAA